AUGACUAUGAAAUCUAUGAAGUAUAACGACUGUGACACCAUAAUGGAUGGCUACAAUCCGGCACCACCGCCAUUACCCAGGAGGGUACCACCAGCGCGAAACAUUUACGCGGAACCAUUCGCCACAGAAUCUAACACGAACAGACUACAAUCAUCGCAACAGCUGCAGCAGCAACAGCAGCAACAGCAACAGCAACUUCAAUCUCAGCAGCAACCGAUUCCGCAACUGACACAAUCCAUGACUAAUACACACAUCACCACCGGAUCCCGUCUGGGAGGCUCUUCCUCCUUGGUGAUGCCUGUGUUUCCAUUACGAACCGGUGGUACCGCCCACACACCACAUUAUUCACCUUACUCACCAUCAAGGUUUCGCAUCGAUAAAAGCUGUCAGCAUCGUUGCUCGUGGAAGUGUUUUAGCAUCGCCUUAAUCUUGGUUACAAUAAUUUUAUCGGCAACGCUGACGUAUUUCGCAGCAACGAGUUCCAUGAAAUCCAAUCUCGACUCUGCCAACUGCAUACUCGUGCAAGAUGUAAAGACGGGACUGGCCGUCGAUCAAACGGGUACGCCCAUCGAUUCGUCCAACUACGGACUGCUCUCCGGACCGUCUACCUUAAACCCAACGGAGGAGUCCCCGAUCACCAGCACGCUGGACCACAACAGUUUCUCCACGCUCGGUGGUCUGGGUGGGGCGGGCGGUGUGGCAGGUGGUAAUGCCGCCCUGUCCACGUACAACCGGCGACCCACGCAGGACGUCUCGCACCAGGUGCAGCAAACGACCCAAGUAUUCAGCUCGGUCCACCAGCAGAAGUGGCCCGCAAUAGUGGAGUUGCGGGAGUUUAACGAAAUCCACGCAUCCACCAUCGCACCGUUUCAGUUCUGGAACGUGGAGUUCCGUAACAAGCAUCCCGCCUUUAUACAAUUCAACUUUACGCUCCCCUGGGGUGCUAACUUUGCCAUCUACGGUCGGCGCAACGUGGGCCCGACGGUGACGCAGUACGACUUUGUGGAGUUUAUCAAGGGUGGCCGGGUCGACCAUAAGCUGCGCCGGAAGCGCAGCAUCGGGAGCAGCUUCUUCCAGAACGAUGUGCUCGACACGCACUUCAGUGCCAACGAGGAGAACGCAUCCACGUUCGAAACGAUCCGCCGCAAUCAGUUUGCAUUCGAAGAUCUGCCAUUGGACGAGGUGGAAAAGCACAUCAUAUCGAAGCGUUCCGCCGACGGCAGCGCUGGUCCGUCCUCGUUGCAGAAGAUCGAUAUGGAAGCGAUGACGGUUAAUGUGACUAUACUGCAGUAUCUCGACAUUGGCCGAUGGUAUUUGUCGGUGUAUAAUGACGAGCUGCUGCCGCACACGGUUUCGCUAGUGGUCGGCGAGGCGGAAGGUAUUCACACCGCAUGUCCGAGCGACUGUUCCGGACGCGGAUCAUGCUACCUAGGAAAGUGUGACUGUAUAGAUGGCUAUCAAGGCAACGAUUGUUCGAUAAGUGUUUGUCCAGUACUUUGCUCUGCGCACGGCCAUUACGGUGGCGGUGUCUGCCACUGCGAGGAAGGUUGGAAGGGUUCGGAGUGCGACAUACCCGUAUCGGAAUGUGAAAUGCCGACCUGCUCCAACCACGGCCGUUGUAUUGAGGGUGACUGCCAUUGUGAACGUGGCUGGAAAGGACUGUUCUGCGAACAGCAGGACUGUAUCGACCACUCCUGUUCGGGUCAUGGAACAUGCGUUUCCGGUCAGUGUUUCUGUAAGGCGGGCUGGCAGGGUGACGACUGUAGCAUUGUCGAUCAGCAGGUGUAUCAAUGUCUGCCCGGUUGUUCGGAUCAUGGAACGUACGAUCUAGAUACUGGGUCCUGUAUUUGUGAUCGUCAUUGGACGGGAAUUGAUUGUUCACAAGCCGUAUGCAGUCUGGACUGUGGUCCAAACGGUAUCUGCGAGAAUGGACGGUGCCGUUGCGAUGACGGCUGGACAGGCAGCUUGUGCGAUCAGCUCAUGUGUGAUCCGCGAUGCGCAGAACACGGUCAAUGUAAGAACGGUACAUGCGUAUGCUCUCAAGGAUGGAAUGGGCGGCACUGCACGCUACCUGGUUGCGUGAACGGCUGCUCGCGCCACGGCCAGUGUACGAUGGAGGACGGCGAGUACAAGUGCAUCUGCGUGGAAGGAUGGGCUGGAAAUGAUUGUUCGAUCGCGCUAGAGAUGAGUUGCAAAGAUAAUAUUGAUAAUGACAAUGAUGGCAUGACGGACUGUUCCGAUAGUGAGUGUUGCGUGCAUCCGAUCUGUGCGGAACAUAUCAUGUGUCUUGCAUCGAAUGAUCCGGUCGAGGUAUUGCUCCGCAAGCAACCACCCUCCGUAACUGCAUCCUUCUAUCAGCGCGUAAAGUUUCUGAUUGAGGAAAAUUCCGUUCAGUCGUACGCACACAUGGACGAGUACAGUGAGAGUGAGUUCUGGAACUCGUUCACACCGUGCCGGGUGUCAGUCAUGCGCGGACAGGUAGUGACGCCGCAGGGUCUCGGUAUCAUUGGCAUACGCGUAUCGGUUGACCGAGAUUCUCGCUUUGGAUUUACACUCACGCGACAGGGUGGAUGGUUCGAUGUGCUCGUUAACGGAGGUGGAGCCGUGACGCUACAGUUCCAGCGAUCACCGUUCCGACCACUCACGCGGACGGUAUUUGUACCCUGGAACCAAAUUGUCGUACUACCGCCGGUUCAGAUGCAGAUUAACGAUAAUGACGACCACGACGAUAUCACCUUCAUAUCUGUCCCGUCAAAUCUUGCCUAUAGCUUCCUGAGCACCUCACACUAUCGUUUCAUGGAAGAUAACCCAUCGCCGAUAGCUAUAUGUCUAGAGCAUGAUCACGAACUUUUGAGCCCGCAUCUCACCAGCACUUGGAUGCCGAAUGGAAUCGGUUCAGUUCCUGGUAAAAAUUUCAUUUUCGCCGAAACACAGGUUGUACAAGAAUCGCUAAAAAUUCCCGGUUCUGAGAUCCACCUGCUCUACAAAUCAUCCCAAGCGUCGGGCUAUCGCUCGAUCGUACGGAUGCAGUUAACGCACGAUCGCAUCCCGGAUACGCUAACGCACGUGCACGUCGGUGUCCAGAUAGAGGGCUCGCUGCACGUGAAAACGUACGAGGCGGACCCGAACCUGCGGCACAUCUUUGCGUGGAACAAGCGCAACGUGUUCAAACAGAAGGUGUACGGUAUAGCGAUGGCGCGCAUCUCGAUCGGGUACGAGCACGCCACCUGUCGCGGUAUCGUGUGGGAAACGCGCACGGUGAAGCUGCAGGGCUUCGAUGUAGACAUCUCCGAUAUCGGAGGUUGGGGCCUGGACAUACACCAUCAUUACAACUUCCACGAGGGCAUCCUGCAGAAGGGUGACGGUGCAACGAUACAUCUCAAAGAGUUCCCGCGGAUCGUGCGCGGUGUGCUCGGUGAUGGACAGCAGCGCACGCUCAUGUGUCGUGAUCACUGCAACGGGCUGUCGAAGAAUGGUCAGCUGUUGACACCGGUUGCUCUAGCGUCUGGUCCGGACGGUAGCUUAUUCGUGGGUGAUUUCAACCUAAUUCGCCGCAUCACCACCAACGGUAGCAUAUUUACCAUCUUGCAACUGGAUACGACGCGCGUGUCUUAUCAAUAUUAUCUCUCCGUGUCACCGGCCGAUGGGCAGCUAUACAUCUCCGAUUCUGAAAAGCAUAAAAUCCUCAAGAUUGUAUCACUGGAGAACGUGGAAGAUCCGUCCUCCAACUACGAUGUGAUCGUGGGUAGUGGCCAGCGGUGUAUUCCAGGCGACGAGCAGAAUUGUGGUGACGGUGGUCCGGCAAUCGAGGCACGGCUUUCACACCCGAAAGGUCUUGCCAUUGCUGCGGAUCGCACGAUGUAUAUAGCGGACGGCACGAAUAUCCGUGCAGUAGAUCCGAAGGGUACGAUCCACACGCUGAUCGGUCAUCAUGGGCAUCAGAACCGUUGGAGUCCGGUACCGUGCAGAGGAGCCGCACGGGCCAUGCAAGUACAGCUACAGUGGCCGACGGCACUCGCCCUAAACCCGCUGGAUGGUUCGUUGUACUUCGUAGACGAUCGUCUGGUGCUGAAGUUAACGUCCGAUAUGAAGGUGAAGGUUAUCGCUGGCAUACCGUUGCACUGCAAUGAAGAUCACAUGACCGGAUUGAAUCGCACCACACCUGUCGAGGAACCACUCGGCACGGUGCUGGCAAUGGCGUUCGGACCAAACGGCGACCUAUACGUGGCCGACACUAACUCUAAGCGCAUCAACACGAUCAAGGUCAUCGAAUCUUCCACAGGUUUUAUGAAACAGUUUGCAGGAAAAAUUGAUUCUGGAAGCCAAGAGUGUGACUGUCAGGGCAAAACGUUAAACUAUUCGCGACGUAAACCUGCAAACGGAACAGCUGGUAGCAUCGGCCAAAGUCCAUCAGGUGUCGACCGCGGCACGGGUGUACCGGACGGUGCCGGGCCGUUUUGUGUCUGUCAGCAUGCAAACGAUACAGCGAACGGUCGUAAGGAUUAUCCGGAUGCAUCGGCAACGUUCAGUGCGUCAGGCAAUGGUGGUGGUGCCGGUGAAACAAUUUUGUCCUCCAACAUUCGCUUCCAGUCCAUAUCGGCGAUUGCAGUCGCACAGGACGGUGUGAUCAAUGUGGCAGAUCAAGGUUCGUUGCGAAUUUUCGCUCUGGAGCAUUAUCUGCCGCAGCACGAUACUAAUGGUGAGUUCCAGAUACCGUACACACCGUUGAACGAACUGUACGUGUUCAAUCGGUACGGACAGCAUAUAGCGACCCGGGACUUGUCCACCGGCAAGUCGCGCUAUUCCUUCCUAUACUCGAAAAAUACCAGCUUCGGCAAGUUGUCGACGGUGACGGACAGUUCCGGGAACAAGAUACAAUUCCUCCGGGACUACAGCAACGUUGUCAGCUCGAUUGAGAACGGGCAGGACUACAAGACCGAGCUGAAGAUCUCACCGAGCGGGCUGCUAACGAAGGUGAGCGCCCGUUCCGGUGCUGGCCGUAAGGUGGAGGUGUUGCUGGAUUACGAGUCGAACAGUGGGCUGCUGAUCAGUCGCACGGAAGGGCAAGAAAGUUUCAUCUACCAGUACGAUGACUUUGGACGGUGCGUGAAGGUGAUUGCACCGAGCGGUGAGAUAGUGCACGUGCACACCCUGUUCGACGACCGUUCGACGAAGCCAAAGCAGGAAGAUCUGCUAGUGUCGGUGCAGAGCAGCAUCCGAUCGGCGUUCGGAGCGCGCGGCGCAUCGAAACCGAUCGAAUAUUCCAUUACCGGCGGCAUACAAACGGUGUCGAUUUCGCGUGGUGGUAAGGAAACGAUCGGUCGGAUCGGGUCGAUCAAUCAGACUGUUUCGAUGUCGCUACCGGCCGGUAUCAGGCUGGAGUCGUCGGCAGUAGUGACGCAUCCGUGGUUGGAGAAAUUCCUACCGACCGAGGCAGAGAUGCUACCGAUGUGGUCACACCAAUCGCUGCACGUCGGAGACCGCACCGCCAACGAUCUUUACUCGAACUACGCCCUGUCGUCUGUCGGUUGUAAUGGUGGCAACACGGAACAGCAGCAUCACGGUCGCGGUACGCCCACACUGAACGGUGGAGCCAAGGGCGAGAAGAUGCUGUGUCGCGACAUAUUUGUAAACGAUGGCAAAAAGUUACGCAUCGAGUACGAUCCGAUCGCGCAACGGGAAAUUCUGCGCGAUCGGGACAACGAGGUGAUUCUCGUAGUGUCGUACGACCAGUCCGGACUGCCGACGAUGUUUUCACCCGGUAUGGGUGAUGCGUACUAUCCGCUGAACAUCACCUACGAUCGGUUCAAUCGCAUUGAAGGAUGGCAGUGGGGUCCCUCGGAGCUCAAGUACAACUACGAUCGGCAGGGCAGGCUUUCGGAGGUCAGCAGCUUGCAGGAUGGCAUCGUGUCGUACAGCUAUAACGAGGGCAACCUGCUGGAGAUGAUUUCGCUUGGCAGCCAGCGGAAGUACAAGCUGGUGUACGAUCGGAACGGAGGCCUGCGGGAGAUCGUGCUCCCGAGCGGCACGAAACACACGUUUAGUCUGCAACCCUCGAUCGGCUUUCUGCGCUUUACUUACAAUCCGCCCGGUAGCUCACGAUCCUACCUGCAACACUACUCGCACAGUGGCGUCCUGCUGCAGACAGUGUUUCCUGGUGACGGUGCCCGCAUCGUGUAUCGGUACGACGAUGAAGAUCGUAUCUCCGAGAUUGUGCACGGGGAUGGACGGGACGAGUUCCUCUACCAGACCGGGUCACCCUCCUGUGAGCUGCCGAUGGCAAUCAUACACACCGAGCGCGAUUUGGAGUUCCGGUGGGACUUUGACUGCAUCGGCGAACUGUUGCUGGAGGAACGCAUCGACUUUUCCGCCCGCAGCGGGCUGUCGAAUGUGAAGUUCAACUACGAGUACGACGACCAUUUCCGGCUGUCGUCAAUCGGUGGUCGCAUCGGUGGACAAAAUUUACCCCAGCAAUCGUUCGGCUACGACGAGCGGACCGGUCGGUUGUCGACGAUCGGUCAGUUCGAGGUGACGCGCGGCGACCGACAAGUGAACGCAACGACCGUUAGUGACCGUACGGGCACAUUCAUGCGUACCGUGAAUGGGCGCUUUCUGCUGAUGCAACUUACGCUCACCAUCCACCGGAUGGAGGUGUUCCGGAUGGAGUUUGCGCACGACCUGCACGGUCGCAUCGUGCAGACGCGCACGUACACCCGCAACGUGGGCGUGAACACGUACACCAAUGUGAAGAAUUUCACGUGGGACUGUGACGGGCAGCUGGUCGGCGUAGAGGCCCAGGAACCGUGGGGCUUCCGGUACGACGACAACGGCAACAUGCUGUCGCUCACGUACCGCGGCAACCCGAUCCCGAUGGAGUACAAUGCGCAGGAUCGUAUCGUGAAGUUCGGCGAGGGACAGUACAAGUACGAACCGCGCGGUUUGGUGGCGCAAAAUGCACGCGAGGAACGGUUCCACUACAACGCGAAGGGGCUGCUGAUACGGGCGACGAAGCGUGGCCGGUUCGAUAUCCGCUACUUCUACGACCAUCUGAAUCGGUUGAUUACGCGCAAGGAUAACUUCGGCAAUGUGACGCAGUUCUUCUACACCAACCAGCGGCGACGGAGCGAGAUCAGCCACAUAUACUCGCCGCGGGACGGGAAGCUCAUGUCCCUGACGUACGACGAUCGCGGUUCGCUGAUCUACGCACAGGUGUACCGGUACCGGUACUACAUUGCUACGGAUCAGUGCGGCACACCGGUGAUGAUAUUCAACCAGUACGGCGAAGGUAUCCGCGAGAUAAUGCGCUCACCGUACGGCCAUAUAGUGUACGAUUCGAACCCGUAUCUCUACAUGCCUAUCGACUUCUGCGGGGGUAUACUUGACCAGGUGACUUCGCUGGUUCAUAUGCCGGAUGGGAAGGUGUACGAUCCUCUGAUAGGUCAGUGGAUGACCCCCAAUUGGGAACACGUGGAUCAGCGCAUCAAGAAACCCACCAAGCUGCAUCUCUACCGCUACAACGGGAAUGACCCAAUCAACCCACCACCACAGCUGCAGGACCACCCGCGCGACCAUCUCGACUGGUUGCAGCUGAUGGGCUACGACAUCGACAACAUGAUCCCGCAAGCCUCGAUCGAGAGUCGGUUCUACCAGCAGCGGAACUGGCUCGAGAAUGCGCUCGCCUCACCGAACGUGCUGCGCCGCCAGUACGAGGAACGCGGCGGAUCCGGUGGCAUCAACAUUGGGUCCGGCUUUAUGGCCCACCUGAUGGAGCGCUCGAUUCGCUCGCGCCAGGAUCUGCUGCAGCUGCCGGAUAGCUUCUUCGGCUCGAGCCUCAAGUCGGAUCCGCUCGCGAUCGGACCGUUCCGGCUUGGGUCGGGUUCGGAUCCACCGUUCGGUCACGGUAUCAUUGUGUCGCGUGUUGUCGUCGACGAACCGGAGGGUGGUUACGCGAUUGUUUCAAGCGUACCCGCUGCUAACCCUAUCUACCGGGAUGUCUACACGUCCGUCUUUAACCGCACGAGGCUGUUGCCGUUCACGUUCGUCGUGCACAACUCGCUGCAGGAUGCUUUCUUCUUCGUGAAGGAGGACUCGUGGCGUGCGGCCGAGGACCGGCAACAGCUGAAGCGUUUGCAGGGUCAGGUUAACACCACGUUCCACGAUGCGGUGUCCACCGGUGUCGGUGCGAACGGUGGUGGCAGCAGUGCCGGUUCCGGUCUGUCCGGUGUGUCCAAAGCGUCCGCACACCAUCAGGAUGUGAAGAUUCACACGACGAAUGCCAUCAUCAAUCUCAAGUACGGCACGACAUCGGCAAAGGAGCGGCAGCGUUUGAUGCACCAUGCGAAGCUGCAGGCCGUCCGGAAGGCGUGGCAUCGCGAGAAGGAACUCUUGCGCACCGGUCUCAUAUCCAGCUACGAGUGGAACGCACAGGAGAUGGAGGAGAUCAUCAAGAACGGAUACGCGAACCUGUACGAGGGCGAGUACGUGCACGAUAUCGACCGCUAUCCGGAACUGCUCGAGGAUCCGUUCAAUGUACGGUUCACCAAGAAGAAGGUGAACCAAUCGCGCAAACGAAAACGAAGAGACACCACGGACGGGGCGGACGGUACCGCCACCGGCACGUCACGCAACGGUGAGGUCUAG